AUGCACACCGAAGGCAGCGCGAACGACGACGAUCUCGCCUCCACCUAUGGCUUACGAGCGCUAGCGACCGUCGUGUUCGACAUUGACGCUGGACAGAAGCUGGACGCGCUAUACCCGCCGACGUGCGGUCUCUCGGAGGCUGCCAGAGCGAGUUUAGCGCACUUGUCGCUGCCCCAUUGCAAUAAUCAGGACGAGGGAGACACGCAGUACAUCGUGCGCUUUCGUGACGGCCCAAAAGAGCGCGAGCUUUUGUACGGUUUCGUGCUCUUCCGUCAGCGAAGGGACGACUCGCGCACUCGCGGGUACUUCCAGAAGGCUCUGGUGCUCGUAAGCACCAAGCCCUAUGUCGAUCUCUACGACCGUAUUCUGCGGGUAGUUGGCCCGCUAUUCUUUAAGGUCGGACCGCAGGUUUUAGCGGCAGUGUACAACAACAUUGAGUCGUGGCCUGAAGUGACGCAUGACAUACCCGUAGUGCUGCCACUUGCUGGGAUCUAUAUAUCCUGUAUCAUCCCAAAACUGCUACAUUACGAGCACUUUGAAGCAGCAGACGAGUCGUAUGUAGAUUCUCCGCUGCACUCACAUUUUAUCGUCGAAGAAGAGGACGAAAAUAUCGACUUGCCUGAGUUCGGAGAUGGCGAAGAAGGCGGCAACGAUGACGAAGCGGGUGAGUCCGUGCUUGUCGAAGAAGGCAAGUUUGUGGUAGCACGAAGGCAGCGGCCACCAUCGCCAUCGUUCGGAGAUUUAUUGCUUUCAAAGCGCACAUUCCACUCAACUCCAUUUGAGAGUGUUGGACUGUAUUCGAGUUUCGGAGAUCUGGCUGAGUCGCUAUGGCUUCUAUGGCAGCUCGCAAUUACCGGAGAGAGUGUUCUGAUUCUGUCUCCGCACGCCAGAACGUGCAGUCAAGCCGUUCUUGCCUUUACCAGUUUAAUUGCGCCACUCCAGUUCCGUGGCGACUGUCGGCCAUACUAUACUGUUUACGAAGCCGACUUUGAUGCGCUCUCAAGUAGACAAAAUAGUGGUGCGAGCGACCCGAACAACGUGACCGUCAUAGGAACCACAAACCCGUUCUUCAUGAAGUCGUUGAGUCGUUGGCCAAACGCUCUUGUUUUUCCAUUUUUAGAUCCAUUAAGCGCCAAACAAGGAGUAAAAGGUGCCACUGGAGCUAAAAGUGCUAUGGAAGCGGAGGAGGUUGGCACCAUUUGCCUUCGUAUUCAAAAGGGUGUAGAGCUGGAUGACUUUGGAAACUGUCAUCGACCUAUGCUUCUGCGGCGUUGCUCUCGGUACACAGUUCCAGAUCCAAAGAUACUUCGCCAACUUGUUUUACCCCCGGAUGCUCACACCACACCAGCCACGAUGUUUGAAGAAGCGCCACACGUCACAAUCAACAAUGCCAUUCUGCGAAAGCACUUUCGGAAACUUACAAAGGACUUCUUGCAUCCGUUCGAGCAAUACUUUGGUAUCUGGAAACCAAGCGAAAUGCGCUCAAAUCUGUACAUGAGCGCUGAGGACUACAUGAAACCGUUUGCUUUACCGGAAUUACUGGAAAGCAUCAAGCCCCGAAAUCUUCCACCACAGGUCAAGCAAACCAAGUGGAGGGCGUUGUACACUGCCUUUGUGAAGUCCGCUCACUUUGAGCCGUGGUUUUACUACCGUCGCCAGCGCUGCAUCCACCACUUCGCGGACACGCUUCGAACUCUUCGGAGUAGUGUUGAGGUUGACUUACUAUUGAGCUCUCCCUUCGGCGGCAACUUGUCGCACGAGCAAUACGUGAAGCUCAAAAAGGAAAUGGACGCUGCGCUUGCGCUAGAGAAAGCUCGAGGUCAAGUCGACAAGCAGCAAGUCCGUGCUAUCAAGAGGCACCUGGAAGCAGUCAAGGAAAAGAUACGCUGCACCAAGAAAGUUUGA